UCCUGCAUAGCAUGCUUUUCUCUACGUCCAAGCGUUUGUGACUGCAGGCACCAGUCGUGAACAAAUCCUGGUUCAGCUUUGUGUUGUGUCCAGUCUGUGCACGGCUCGUCUGUAAGCAGAGAGCUUGGUGGAGGAGAAAGAUAGUGUGUGAUCAUGUGAAUAGGCAGCCAUAUACACAUGGAGGAGAAAGAGACUGAAUUCACAGACAGUUUAAUUUCUAGCAUUUCUUAACAGAAACAUUCUGAGUAAGGAAUUUUUGUCUUUGUACCCUUAACGUUUUUUUUUAAUGGCUUUACUUCAUGACAAGGCUUUUGAAAGACAAAGUGAGCUCUAUAUAAACUAAUCCAGCAGUUGUCUUUCAAACUUUGAUGCAGCUCGCUUCUGUGCGAUUUCAGGAAGUGCCACCUACUUCAGCCUGGGAUGAUGGCAGGCCUCGGGUGACUUGGAGAGGAGAUGGGCAGUUUGUUGCAGUGAGUGCUGUCUGUCCAGAGACAGGUGCUCGGAAGAUCCGAGUAUGGAACAGAGAACUUGUGCUGCAGUCAACAAGUGAGCCUAUCUCAGGAUUAGAACAAGCACUGGCCUGGAAGCCGUCUGGAAGCUUGAUAGCAUCCACGCAAGAAAAACCCAACAGACACGAUGUUGUUUUCUUGGAAAAGAAUGGACUUCUUCAUGGAGAGUUCACCCUCCCCUUCCAGAAAGGGCAGGUCAAAGUUAAUGAACUGCUUUGGAAUGCGGAUUCUACGAUCCUGGCUGUAUGGCUGGAAGACCUUAAGAAGGAUGAGAACUGCAAACCAAACAGUUAUGUUCAGCUGUGGACCACGGUAAACUAUCACUGGUACCUGAAGCAAAGUCUGCAUUUUGGCAACUUGGAGAAAAAUCAGUUGGUAUCCCUGCUGUGGGACCCAGUGAUCCCGUAUAGACUGCACGUCCUCUGCCAGGGUUGGCUCUACCUCUCCUAUGACUGGCAUUGGACCACCGACCACGGGAUGGGGGAGAAUAGCCAGCACGUGGCAAAUGUGGCCGUCAUAGACGGAGACAAAGUGCUUGUCACAGCGUUCCAGCAUGCUGUGGUGCCCCCACCCAUGUGUACCUAUCAGCUGCAGUUCACGCAGGCAGUGAAUCAGAUUGCAUUUCACACAGAUCCUGAGCACAGUGGAGACAUGGCUGUCCUGGAUGCUGAUAACAGGAUCUCCUUAUAUAGAUACGGACAGAGCACAAUGAAGGACCCCACUGUAAGGGUAGGAGCUGUAGGUGGAAAUGGAUUUAAAGCAGCUGUGGAAACACCAUACCUGGAUAAAACAUACAGAGUUGAUCUGGGCAGCAACACCAAUGAGUUGAUGAAUCCCUUGGGGCUCCGAUUUCUCACCUGGCUGCCAGAUAGCAGCUUUCUGGUGGUUGGUCAAGAUCAACAUACUGCUCAGUCAGUCCUUUACCAUCUGACUGCAGCGCCUCCUGUGGCUGGAGCUGAAGAGCAAUGCCUGGAUUUACGGUUGUCUGUGUCAGUAGAUGGAGAAGUGAUCAGCCUGUGCUGCAGCCCAGUGACCAAAACUGUAGCUCUACAGCUGGCUGAUGGUCAGAUCCUGAAGUACCUCUGGGAGGCUUCUACUCCAGUCCUUGAGCCCUGGCAGACCAGCAGUGGCUCUGCUGUUCGGUUCCCUCAUCCUUGUGUGCAGACUUCCCUCACCAGGAUCAGUGCAGAAGAGGUGAUCUUAGGCCUUACAGAUCGAUUCCGACUUUUUAUUGACGACACGGAGGUAGCUUCCAACAUCACCUCAUUUGCAACGUACAAUGAGUUUUUGUUGGUGACAACCAACUCCCACACCUGUCAGUGCUUCUGCUUAAAGGAGAUGUCAGUGAAAGCCCUUCAGGCUGGCCUGAGCAACACUGCUGUGCCCAACAAUGAGACCCUACGCAAUGUGGAGCGAGGCUCCCGUAUCAUCACGGUUGUGCCUCGGGACACCAAGGUCAUUCUGCAGAUGCCAAGAGGGAAUCUGGAGACUGUUCACCACCGAGCUCUGGUUCUUGCCCAAAUUAGGAAGUGGCUGAACAGGCUUAUGUUCAGGGAAGCGUUUCAGUGUAUGAGGAAGCUGAGAAUCAACCUCAAUCUUCUGUAUGAUCACAAUCCCAAGGUAUUUCUGGAAAAUGUAGAAACCUUUAUCAAACAAAUAGAUUCUGUGAAUUACAUCAACUUGUUUUUCACUGAACUGAAAGAAGAAGAUUUCACAAAGAGCAUGUACCCAUCUCUGAAUGGUAGCAGUAAUGCUCAGCUGCAGCAGCAUCCUGAUCAGAAAAAAGUGAACCUUGUAUGUGAUGUAAUGAGAGCUGCCAUGGAACGCAUUGACCCUCAGAAAUACUGCCUAUCAAUACUGACAGCCCAUGUAAAGAAAAGUCCUCCAGAACUGGAAAUUGCUCUCCAGAAAGUUCAUGAUCUUCGAGAGAGCAUUUCUCCAGAUGCCACAGCUGUGAGUGCAGAGGAAGCACUGAAAUACCUGCUUUUCCUUGUGGAUGUCAAUGAAUUGUAUGAUUAUUCCCUGGGGACAUACGAUUUUGAUUUAGUCGUCAUGGUGGCAGAAAAGUCGCAAAAGGAUCCGAAAGAAUACUUACCCUUCUUAAAUACCCUCCGGAAAAUGGAAACUAAUUAUCAGCGAUACACAAUAGACAGACACUUGAAAAGAUAUACAAAAGCUCUCGGGCACCUCAGCAAAUGUGGUCCUGAACACUUCUCUGAAUUUCUGAACUUGGUGAAGGAUCAGAAUCAGUACUAUGAAGCCUUAAAGCUGUACCCACCUAGCAGCCAGGAGUACAGGGAUAUCAGCGAUGCCUAUGGGGAUUACUUGAAUCAGAAGCAGCUAUACGAACAGGCUGCAUUGAUAUUUGCUCGUGCUGGCAUCUUUGCAAAAGCACUUGACUCCUUCCUGAGCAGUGGCAGCUGGCAGCAAGCCCUGUGCAUGGCCUCACGGCUUGGUUACACAGAAGACAAGCUGGCCAGUCUGGCACGGAGCAUGGCAGGAAAACUAGUUGAACAGAGGAAGCACGCAGAGGCAGCCCUACUCCUGGAGCAGUACACUCAGGACUAUGAAGAGGCUGUUCUCCUGCUCUUAGAAGGGGCUCUCUGGGAAGAGGCUUUGAGGCUGAUUCACAAGUAUGGCAGAUUGGAUAUCUUGGAAACCAACUUCAAACCUGCUAUCCGGGAAGCUCAGAAAAGUCAGCUGAUGUUCCUAAAUUCUCAGAAAGCAGCAUUCAUUCGCCAUAAGAGUCGACUGCAAGUUGUGCGAGAGCUGAAGGAGAGGGCUUAUGAGAACCUGCAAGAUUAUGAAACGCCAAAUUGCCCAGAAUUGGAUCUGAUCUCUGAAACCAGCAGUGUUGUGACAGCCAGUGACAUGAACAGCAAAUAUUCGCAUAGCAAUUCAAGAAUAUCAGCGCGAUCCUCAAAAAACCGGCGCAAGGCUGAGCGCAAGAGGUACAGCCUGAAGGAGGGAAGCCCCUAUGAAGAUGUGGCCCUUCUGGAAGCCCUGGGAGAAAAUGUCCGUGCUGUUGACACUCUAAAGGGAGACAUACAUGUCCUUCUGAAGCAGCUUGUGCUGUUUGGUUAUGAUGAGCAGGCUGGGGAACUGCAGCGAGUCCUGGAAGAGGUUUUGCACCUGAUGGAGACCUCAAUCCCAGAAAUCUGGAGUCCAGAGCUGCAGCAGAGCUCUCUCAACCCGGUCAUGGGACCGAAUUCAACUGCAAACAGCAUUAUGGCUGCCUAUCAGCAGAAGAAGAUGGUGGAUCCUUUUGUACAAGGUUAGUUUAGGCUCUCAGUUGGAUGUGGGUGUUAGAAAUGUAAAUGUGGCCAGUGCAAUCAGGCUUGAGGUUCACCAAGCGUUGCUAGUUGCCAAAAGUUGUAGAAUAUCUUCGGUUGUAGGAGUUUCUCGCUUUUCAUUAUGGUGUCCCCUCCUUCCUCCGGCAAGCAAGUUGCCUUCUGAAGAAACUUUCAUUUUAUUUGUCCUGAAUUCUUGUGCUAAAACUGUUGUCUGAAAUGUGUUCCCGGCUUCCUAUGUCUGUAGGCUGCCUUUUGUAAGAGAUUUGGAAGCUCUGUGGAUAGAACUGGUGUUUUCUUAGGAAUGUGUUAGGGAAUUCCUCUUGUAACUUACUACUUUGGUAGCCAGGCCAGGCUUUUGACCCAGUCAGGCUAUGGUGCUUUGCUGUCCUGGAGCCUUUGCAGCUCAUGCAAAUACGGGGCAGCUGGGACUGCUCCCAUUGCUCUUCCAUCUUCCCCCCUCCCUCUGGCCCUAUAGAACUGCAUUGAAAAGAAAUCCUCUAACAAGCCACUAGAUGCGGCCCCUCCAUUGCUGUUUGUCUAGGCUAGCUUCAAAGAAGGAAAACCCCGUGCCUCUUAUUCACGCUUCACAGAGCCAAGUGGCUGUUGUACGUGUUAGCACAACAGACAUGUCCUAGCAACUGGCGAGUGAACUGGGUUCUGCUGUCUGCCAUUGGUUGUUGCCUUUCUGUUCUGAAUGAUAUCACUUUAUGGAAGGGGGAUUGUUUUGGGGUCUGGUUUGCUUUGGCCUAGAGAACAUCUGACUGACAAAUCUGUAAGACCCAGUUUGACCUUCUAGGCUGACUUUACUGAGCUGGUGGUCUAAUAAAACGCUUCCCCUGUGUAAGGAAAGGUGAGAUGGAAGGGUUGAGAAGAUGAAUGAGAAACCUUGCAGGUAUCACUCACGUAAGGAGGGAGGGAGGGAAGGUGCAGGCAAGUCAGGUAGAAGGAAACUCAUGGGUUUUUUUGUUUUGGAGGGUUUGUUUUGCUUCAUUGGCUUGUCUAGUAGAGAUGUUUCCUUUGCCUCAUUACAGAAUUAGAAGUAACGCUAAAUGGUAGAACUUAACUUCUUUUGAUCUGGGUGGUUUCCAGCAAAUUUUCUUAGGUUCAGAAGACAAGAAAGUCAUGAGUUUAACAUGAUUGAAGGCCCCAGAGACUGACUGCUGUAAGCAGUCCUGCUGGGCAUUCUUCAAUGCAGGCAGGUGAUCAGUGGCUAGAGAGAAAUGCUUUGUGUCUGAGACUUCUCAGCCUCCUUGGAUGUAAAGGAGAGUACAGGGCAAACUUGCUAGCGGGUAACACCUGAAGAAGCCAUAUCACCAUUAUCGUCUGUGCUCACUCUUGUCCUAUUUGCCUUUCAGAUCCAGAAUUACUCAUUCCACCAAAACUCAGUAAAAAUCUCCAGUGGAAACUCCAUCUUCUCCAGUAAUUAAAAGCCAAGGAUUCCCAGUGGACUCUGAAAUGUAGCUUUUAAUUUAAUUUCAUUACAUCUUUACAGAAAC